AUGUCGGUGCUCAGCGCGGUGCCUUUCCUAAAGCCCGUUCACGAGAGGUCCCCCCGCAGCUCUCCUGGGGGCCAGCGCCGUCACACGCUGCCAGCCAGCGAGUUCCGCUGCCUCAGCCCCGAGGAUGCCAUCAGCGUGUUUGAGAUCGAGAGGGAAGCAUUCAUCUCUGUCUCUGGGGACUGUCCCCUCCACCUGGAUGAGAUCCGCCACUUCCUGAACCUCUGCCCGGAGCUGUCCCUCGGCUGGUUUGAGGAAGGACGGCUUGUGGCAUUCAUUAUCGGCUCCCUCUGGGACCAGGAGAGGCUCAGCCAG